AAUGCCUCACCAAGACAUAACACAUUCACACACACAUAGAAGAGAUAACAAGAAUGGUUUCUUCGCUUCUCAUGUCAUUUGCUCCGGCCACCGUGAGGGUUUACGCCACAGGCAAGGGAACUUCAGGGGGCGCCAAGGAAGAGAAGAAUCCCCUCGACUUUGUGCUGGGUUAUUUGACAAAGCAAGAUCAGUUCUACGAGACUGAUCCAAUUCUCAAGAAGGUGGAGGAGAAAGGCGGCACCACUACUGGAGGCCGAGGAACCGUUCGCGGCGGUAAAAGCUCGGCUCCGGUGCCUGUUGCCCCCAAGAAGAACGAUGGUGGAUUUGCCGGCUUAGGUGGCUUCUUCAACAAAAAGUAAAAUGAAAAACGUAUACUACUUACUUACUUUGCAUUGUUUAUUCCCUCUGUUUUUGCAUUAUCUAUAAUUCAUCAGACUUCAAUUUGUUAUAUAUAGAAACUGCCCUUUCUUCA